CCUCGAAUAGCCCGAGGUACUGACCAGCUUCAAGCCCCCAAGACGGCAUAUACAUACCUUUGUAUCACCACAGCUCCUUAUCCAUGUAGUCUUGUCCCCAGUUCUCGAGGGCGUCGAAUUGCCCUUGGUAGAUAUCAACCACUCAAAUCCGUGCCACAAUGCCUUCCUGGGCAGAAGCAACCGCCAUCACACCCGUCGACUCACACACCUAUUCUGCAUUCCUCCACUCAGACUGGUGCAUUGGGAAAGUGCCCCAUGGCGGCUUUGUAACCGGCUGUUUCCUUCGCGUCGUCGAAACCCACUUCUGUAGCACCCUCGCCGCCCAGACACAACCCCAUACCAUCACUCUGCAUCUAGAGUUCCUACGCCGCACAGAGGCUGGUCCAGCGACAUUCAAGGUCAAAGAUGUGAAACUAGGCCGACAGACCUCCGUGGUUCAUGUUACCAUGUCGCAGGACGGACGCGACGAAGUCGUAGGAUAUAUCACCAAUUCUAACAUUCACACCGAAGAGGGCCUAUCCUUUGACACCAGGUACACCCUCCACCCACCCUCGGCCCCCGUAAACGUACAUAAGCUCCGAGAUGGAAAGGAUGAUAAUUGGGUAUAUGGACCCGUACCACAUUCUGAGUUCCGCAAAGCGAGCACGAAGGUCAAAUGGUUCUUCCCAAAAGCCGGUCAUGCACACAGUUCCGUGGAUGAAUGGUUGUGCUUUUCAGAUGGUGGCCGAUUUACCAACUCAAGUAUUGGAUAUGUGUCCGACUGCUUUCCACAAAUCAUCGAGUCCUUCGUGGGCAAGGAUCAAGGCGGCACACACUGGUACCCGACGCUGCUUUUGAAUUUGGACAUAAAGAAGGCGCUCCCUGAGGAAGGUGUCGAGUGGUUGUUCGCCCGGGUACGUGCGAAACAAAUCAAGAAUGGCAGAUUCGAUCUAGAGGUCAUUAUUAUGGAUGACUCCGGGGAUGUCGUGGCUUUGAGCCACCAUGUGUGUCUCGUAUUGAGUGCUUCGAGAAAUUUAGCUAAGAGGAGCACAGCAAGCCAUGGCAAGCUAUAGACGAGAGGCGAUCUAUUCAAUAUACCCACAGUAAAUAUAGAUUUACACAAACUCAUUUUGUAUCUUCACUUCUCUCAACACGUUCGAUCUCAUGAUGUCAAAAAUGUGUUCUUUACUGACUUGCACCGCCUUGGGUAUCUAAAUUAUCCAUUAAAGUA